CUGGCAACCUCCACUUAUAAAUGCUCUCCAAUAAAUAAUAAAUAAUAUAUAAUAAAUAUAAGAUAUUUUUCUAUAUAUAUAUAGUCAUAUACUACAAACCAAAACCACUAUACUUCUUCAACUUCUUCUUCUUCUUCUUCCCAAAAUUCUCAGCCAUGCAAAGCUCUAAUUUGCACAGCUUUACUCCAAAACCCUUUUCUUAUCAUCAAAACCCAAACUUUUCACCUUUCAUAUCAUCUAAAAUCCUCAUAAACCCUUCUAGAAUUCUCCCCAAAAAAACAACCAAAACGCCACCGUUUCGAGCUCCAAAGCCCAAGCCCAAGCCCAAAACCCGACUUAACCCGGCCCAUCAUGACCUGAACCCCAUUCAGAAGCUAGCAGCUUCGCUUCUUGACACUAUAGAAACCUCACUAAUAGCUCCAAUGGAGAAAGCCCACAAAUUACCCGAAACCGUUGACCCGACCGUUCAGUUAUCCGGGAAUUUCGCUCCGGUUCCGGAAUUUCCGGUUCAGUCGGGUCUGGAAGUUACUGGUCAAAUUCCUGAGUGCUUACGUGGCGUUUACUUAAGAAACGGGGCUAAUCCUCUGUUUGCACCCUCAGGUGGUCAUCACUUGUUUGAUGGUGAUGGUAUGAUACACGCCGUUAAGCUUGAAGCCGGUAACCGAGCCAGCUACAGUUGUAGGUACACGCGUACUAAUCGGCUUAACCAAGAAGCCAAGCUGGGUCGGUCUGUUUUUCCUAAGCCGAUUGGGGAGCUUCAUGGACAUUCUGGUUUGGCUCGGCUCGCUCUUUACUUGGCUCGAGCUGGUAUCGGCUUAAUCGAUACUUCUAAAGGUAGCGGCGUGGCUAACGCUGGUCUUGUUUAUUUUAACGGAAGGUUGUUGGCUAUGUCCGAGGAUGAUCUUCCGUACCAAGUUAAGAUCAACGGUGAUGGUGAUCUCGAGACGAUUGGACGGUUCGAUUUUGAUGAUCAGAUUUGUUGUCCAAUGAUCGCGCAUCCCAAGUUGGAUCCCGUGACGGGUGAGUUACACGCGCUUAGCUACGACGUGGUUAAGAAACCGUACCUUAAGUACUUCAGGUUUGACACGUGUGGAAGAAUGACACGUGAGAUGGGAAUAAAGUUGGAUCAGCCUACGAUGAUACAUGAUUUUGCUAUAACUAAAAACCACGUGGUUGUACCGGAUCACCAGGUGGUUUUUAAAUUAUCCGAAAUGAUUCGGGGCGGGUCACCCGUUAUCCACGACCCAAAUAAAUCGGCUCGGUUUGGUAUUUUCCCUAAAACCGAAGUUUCCGGGUCGGGUAUUCAGUGGGUUGACGUGGCAAAUUGUUUUUGCUUUCAUUUGUGGAAUGCAUGGGAGGAAAUUUCUAGUAAUGGUGAGAAAAUUGUGGUUGUGAUCGGGUCGUGUAUGAACCCACCCGACUCGAUUUUCAAUGAAAAUCGGGCCGAACCGAUUAGGAGUGAAUUAACCGAGAUCCGACUCAAUAUGGUGACCCGAGAAUCGAGUCAGCGGGUUAUAUUGCCAGGUGUCAACUUAGAAGCUGGGCAAGUGAAUAGAGAGUUGUUAGGGCAAAAAACUAGGUAUGUUUACUUGGCCAUAGCGGAGCCUUGGCCGAGGUGUUCGGGUAUCGCCAAGGUGGAUUUGGAAACCGGUGAUGUCAGCAGACACGUGUACGGGACGGGCCGAUUUGGGGGCGAACCGUACUACGUGGCCGAAAAAAAAAGAAUUAAAAAUAAUAAUAAUAAUAAUUAUAAUGAUAAUGAUAAUAAUAACAAUGAUGACAUAGAUAAUGGAUACUUGGUGGGUUUUGUGAGGAAUGAGAAUGAAGAGAAAUCAGAAUUGGUGAUUGUUAAGGCUUCGAAUAUGAAGGAAGUUGCUUCGGUGAAAUUACCAUCUAGGGUUCCUUAUGGUUUUCAUGGAACAUUUGUGAGUGACCAAGAUUUACUUGAACAGGUUUAAUUAAAAUAUGUAUAUGUACAUAUGAUCAUAUAUAAUGUAACAUAAUAUUUAGUUUGACCCCUAAAAGAUUAGGUGUA